AAUUUUCUAGCCUGUGGGCUGAAGGGCCGCAGUUUUCCCUCCUUUCCAUCGUCUUCCUUCCGUGGGUUAGAUCGAUCGAUCUGGCUCUCUCGCGGAGAUCGAGCAAGACGGAUGAUGGCAUCCAUGGCGAAGGGCCGCCGCUUGUGGAAAACCAAGCAUCUCACACUGCGCCCGCCCUGCCACGGCGGCGGCGAUGGCGAUGGCGAUGGCGGUCACCCAGACUGGAUUCUCGUCGACGUCCAGGCCUACAUCGCCGACCGCCGGAACGCCACCACCGCCACCGCCAUGCUCAGCAACGGCGGCCACCAAAUCCAGGUCACCAUCUGCGUCGCGCCGCCGCCGCUCGUCUCCUACAUCUGCGCCUGGUCCCCCACCACCCACCCCGCCGAGCUCUUCGACACGGAGCCCACCGUCGAGGCCGUCGACGCCGACCUCCUCCUCCUCCGCAUCCACGUCUCGCUCAACCAUGUCCACGACCUCGUCUACCAGGCAUCCAUGUUGCCAUCGCUGACGCUCAUGCCCAGCCAAGAUCCUUACCUGCACGAGCCCAACUGCAUCGCGCUCAUCCCCCGCUCCUCCCAUGGCUUCUACAUCUCCACGCUCGACACGGAUCUCCGCAGUGGGAUUGGGCGAUACAACCUCUGCCUCUUCGACUCCACCAACUCCAAAUGGAGCCAUGAAUCGCUCUCUCUGGAUCAGCUGCGCAAUCCGCCUGACAAAAACGAGGUGCUCCAUAUCACGGAGAAGGUGAUCACCUUCAUCAACGAUCCACAUCUGGUUGCCUUCGUUGAUCUCUGGCGGGGCAUCAUCAUCUGUGACAUACUUGACACCAAAACUCAAACUGCAAGCUAUGUGCCGAUGCUCAAGGAGAUCAUCAACCUCCGCAGAACCCGAGCAUCGUCGAUCACCAGGGACAUUGCUGUCGUCAAUGGCCGCCUCACCGUCGUCAGGCUCACCACUGUCUUUGAUCCAGAUAUCAAUGGUUGGGACUGGGAUCUGUCCACAUGGAGCAGGGCAGUGGAUUGUUUGGAGCAGGAGGAUUGGCGCGAGGACUCUCUGGUCGAGGCCUCUGACAUCUUAAUCGACCACAACAUCUGCAACGUUGAGCUCUUGCCUAAGAUACAGGGGCAACCUACCAUGGCUAAACUCCACGUUGCUCUUCCCACUCUCAGCUUGACUGAUGCUCAGGUUGUUUAUGUCAUGGGCAAGGUUAACGAAUCCGAUGAAAAGGCUGUGCUGCUGUCUAUUGACAUGGCCAACAGAAGGCUUGAUGCAGUAUCAGUGUAUGACGCUGCAAGAAUCCUCCACUACUUUGAUGUCUGCUACACGCAGUCUACCAUCUUCCGAUAUUCCGCCCCUUCUUCAGGUUUAAAUGGAAACCUGAAACGACCAGGGAAGUUCCCUAUGCCAUAUCCUCGCAAGCAACAGGCUGUAAAUGAGCCAUUUCUUCCGGAUGCUGGGAGAGGUUUAGAAACUGAAGAUAGGGAUACUAUGGACUGGGAGUAGUUAUGUAAUUUGGAGCUGAAACCUGAAUAGACAUAAAUUGAUCACAGCUGUUUAUUUUGCUUCUAGUUACUACAUGGAUUGCUACAAAUGCAGCUACUCUAGAAGACAUCAGCCUGCAUAGAGAAAUUUACUUUGGCAGCAACAAAGAGUCGAACUUGGCUAUCUCAAUCUUUGAGCAUCUGCCGUCAUCUCACAACAAUUACUGUCGUGAAACUCCAUCAUUAGGCUUUUCUUCGGCCACAAUUGUUCUGAUCUUCCAAGAGAUUCACGCUUUAUGUGAACACAGAACCAUUUCAGAUUA